CCUGCCCAGGGUUCAUUCAGGGCAUCCAGCUCCCCAUGGCACACUGACCCCUGUUGUGACCCUGGGCUCCAGGUGAGGACACUGUUCCUGUGUCUCCUCAGGCUUCACUCAUUGGUGUCAGGAGCUGCCGCCCAGCUAUGGACGAGCAGGAGGACCAGCCACCCCGCGAGGCUGACCCAGAACCCGUCGUGACAUCAGGGUGUUCGGAGGUGGUGCCCAGGGUGCUUCCUGGAGAGCCCCAGAACCUGUCUGACGUGGACGCCUUCAAGCUGCUCCUGGAGAUGAAGCUGAAGAGGAGGCGCGCGCGGCCCAGCCUGCCGCGUACGGUGACCGAGCUGGUGGCCGAGGAUGGGAGCAGGGUGUACGUGGUGGGCACGGCCCACUUCAGCGAUGACAGCAAGAAGGACGUGGUGAAGAACGGGGUCAUGUCUGGACUCAUGCAGAUGCUUCUGCUGAAGGUGUCAGCCCACAUCACUGAGCAGCUGGGCAUGGCCCCUGGCGGCGAGUUCAGGGAGGCUUUCAAGGAGGCCAGCAAGGUGCCUUUCUGCAAGUUCCACCUGGGCGAUCGGCCCAUCCCUGUCACCUUCAAGAGGGCCAUCGCCGCACUCUCCUUCUGGCAGAAGGUCAAGCUGGCCUGGGGCCUGUGUUUCCUGUCGGACCCGAUCAGCAAGGAUGAUGUGGAGCGGUGUAAGCAGAAGGACCUGCUGGAGCAGAUGAUGGCAGAGAUGAUCGGCGAGUUUCCGGACCUGCACCGCACCAUCGUCUCCGAGCGCGACGUCUACCUGACCUACAUGCUGAGGCAGGCCGCCCGCCGCCUGGAGCUGCCGCGCGCCUCCGAUGCCGAGCCCAGGAAGUGCGUCCCCUCCGUGGUGGUGGGUGUCGUGGGCAUGGGCCACGUCCCCGGCAUCGAGAAGAACUGGACCACUGACCUCAACAUCCAGGAGAUCAUGACUACUGCCUGCAGAAGGCGUCCGAGGUCUGGCCGCGCAAGUAGGAAGGACAGAGGGAGCCACCACACCCGAGAGGACCGCCACAGUUGCUCCGGUGUCACAGCCAAGGGGCUCCUGGGUGCCACCCGCCAUGGGGGUCCAGUCCUAGCCUCGCCUGCCCUCCCUCAACCCACCCGAAUAAAGAAUUAUUUAAUCGUCUGAGCGCAGGCUUCCCAGAGCCCCCACCGCCCCCUCUGCUCAGGGCCCUCAGGAAGGUCACGGCGGCAGGAUGACCUGGCGGGAGAGGGGCUGAGGCUCCCCCACACCCUCUGGCCCCAGGUAGAACGUGUGGGCCACAGCCGGCCAUCGCUCACCUCACUGUGCCUUCUCUCCGCCAGUAGGGGCUUCUCAUGGUGGGUUCUGGGCCAGCAUGUUGGGAAGGGCAGGGUGGCCCCACAAAGCCUCUGGGUGCGGCUCCUCGGGGCACCCCCCGCAGAGGGUGGCUUGGCCAAGCUUGGCGGCCCUGGAUGUGCGCCAGCAAAGCUCUGUCUGCAGAGAUUGUGUUUUUGGCUUUUAAAAAUGUCUGAAACUUUUUUACUCAGGUAAUUUUAACUUAAAACAAACUGAAGCAAAUGUCAGGAAAUACAAGCCUUAACUCCACUUGGGGCAAAGAGAGCAUCUUUGUCUUAGAGUCUCAGCUCCAAGAGGACGAGCGUGUGGAGAGGGUCGGCUUGGGCCGCAGGGAGCCAGGCCGGCCUCCUGGCAGUGGGGCCGGGGUUGCAGCCCUCUGGGGCAUGCGCCCACCUGGGCCGCGGUGGAUCGAACCUGCUCCCGGUGCGUCCGGUGGAGGCACCUUGGGUCGCCCCGCCCUCAGUGGAUGGACGGCCAGUGUCCUCGGGGCCCUCCACCGUGCAUGUGAGCCCACCUUGGGCUGGGACUGGUUGGCCCAGGACCAAGCUGGCCCCACACAGCAUUUCCACCCAUUCAUCGCCUGUGUGCGCAGUCUCCUGGUCAUCUGUUUACGACGAAGCCUCUGCACCCGGUCUGGGGCCCAGGGUUCACAUCUGAUUGUGUUUGUGUUGACUCGGUGUCUGCCUGAACCCGGUGAAGCCCACAGCAUGCGCUGGGGGGCCUCGGGCUGGACCGUGACUGUCGUUCGCACGCUCGUGUGUGCGCCUCUAAGAAGCUGAAAUAAAGCCUACUUUUGGAAGCC